CUCGUCAGUGCGUCAGUCCCGCAUGGAGAAGUUAUUUGGAGACGUUUACGCGCCCGCAGCAGCGCAUCGGAAAGGACAUCACAGACGCGCUGGAUACGAUGAACUGUGAGCGUUUGGCAGGUCAUACAUUCAAGUGAUACUGAGCUUUUCGUGCGCGCUACCGCAGGAAGGUGACGCAGGUACGACGCGGUGACGACUAUUGCGGCAGCGGUGGCGGCGGGACGAAGUGAAAGCGAAAUUUGACCGGAAUAACGGGACGCCGAGGAUUUUACCGGUGACAGUGACAGAAGAGCGAGGAGCUGAUCUGGGAACUACGAAGGAAUAUGCAUUGGAGUGGACAGCAAUGAGCAGCCAGCGAAAGUCGGCGAAGCUACAGCUGCGGCGGUCGAUCAGUGAGCAACUGCGGGACUCCACGUCCAAAGCCUGGGACCUGCUGUGGAGGAAUGUCCGGGAGAGACGUUUGGCAGAGAUUGAGGCGAAGGAGGCCUGUGAUUGGCUGAGAGCUGCUGGAUUUCCACAGUACGCACAGCUAUAUGAAGAUGCACAGUUUCCAAUCGAAAUUUCUUCUGUGAAAAGGGACCAUGAUUUUCUGGACAGAGAUUUGGUGGAGCCACUGUGCCGGCGGCUCAACACUCUGAACAAGUGUGCCUCCAUGAAACUGGAUGUCAGCCAUCAAAGGAAGAAAGGAGAGGACUCAGAUGAAGAUGACCCACUGGCGAUUAGCAAGAGGUGGACCUUUGAGUGGAGCAGCCGUCGUUGGUCGCGCCUCCAAGACUUCCUGUUGGACUCAGCCAAUGACAGCAGUCCGAUGGGGCAGGGGGUGGGGCUUCACAGCACAGUUAGCAGCGAGAGUGUCCUUACAGACUUGAGUGAGCAGGAAAUCACUGAAAUAUCCUCCAUCCAUAGUGAGGACUCAACGCUAGCCAUGCCUGAUUCAAUAUCUAUGGCGUCACUGUCCGCCUCCUACCAGCCACCUCGAGAGAUUCCUCAUUACAACACUCUACCAAUCAAGAGGCACAGUCAGGGGGGACGGAGCAAAGCCAAGGAGUUUUUGAGGAAGAUGGAGUUGAUGCGGACAUGGGGGCCUUCGACAAGGAGGAAAAGCUCAAAUCGAAGGCCACCAUUGGUCAUCAGUGGGCCUGUCCUGCAAGGGGAAGAGCCACUGGCACUACAGGUGCUACAGUGUACACCUAUCAGCCAAUUAGAGAAUGGCAACAAACUCAACCACCAAAAUAAUGACAAUAGUGACUCUGUCAGUCCUGUUAGCAACCAUAAGGAUAUGUCUACAGCGGAUAGCCCCAAUGCUGACACUGUGAUGCCUACUUUAAAUGAGACCAGUCCCAAACUGCGCAUCGCCAACAAGAGGAGCAGUAAGUAUUUGGAGGACAUGGAGCUGCCUUCCCAGGGCAAAAGGACAGAGUGUGGUCAGACUCAGUUUGGGAAGAACCAGUUCCACUCUUACGAAAACCUCCUAAUCCACAUCCCCAAAGACCACAAACCAGGCACUUUUCCAAAAGCAUUAUCUAUUGAGAGUCUAGCGCCCGCCUCGGGGGACAACAGCCCUCAGACUGAAGUUCCUAAAAAUGGACUAAGUGAACAUUGGUCAGGUAAACCCCUUUCCAAACCAUGUCCCGGGGCACCUCGAGGUAGCAGGGUCAGUGUGUAUGACAAUGUACCCGGGUCGCACCUAUAUGCCAGCACUGGGGACCUCUUGGACUUAGAAAAAGAAGACAACCUAUUUCCUCACCUGGACGACAUCAUUCAGCAUGUGAGUGGCCUGCAGCAGAUCGUGGACCACUGGAGUCGGAGCGUCCUGCCCAAAGGGGACAUGGGGGAGGAGGAGGGGGAGGACAGGGCCACCCCGAGCGAAGGAGACAGGGACGGAGUGUCUCUCAAUGACACAGACUCAACAGGGACCAGUCGAGAGAGACGAGACUCUGGGGUGGGAGCGUCUCUUACAAGACCACGUCUACGCUGGCCCAGUUUUCAGACCUCUGAUCAUCUCAACCAGCCCUCCUCGUCCCUUCACAUUAGCAGCCAGUCUGCAGGACAGCUCAGUCUGCUGCAGAAGUUCUCUCUCCUGCGCCUCACUGCCAUCAUGGAGAAAUACUCCAUGUCCAAUAAGCACGGAUGGACCUGGUCUGUGCCCAAGUUUAUGAAGCGCAUGAAAGUGCCUGACUACAAAGAGAAGAGUGUUUUUGGAGUGCCCCUCAUCGUACAUGUCCAGCGCUGUGGGUUUCCUCUCCCCCUGUGCUUACAACAGGCCCUCAGCCACCUCAGAGCACACUGUCUGGACCAGGUGGGGCUGUUUCGCAAAUCAGGAGUGAAGUCUCGUAUCCAAGCUCUUAGGCAGCAGUGUGAAGUGUCUCCGGACUUUGUGAGCUACGAGGACCAGUCGGCAUAUGACGUCGCUGACAUGGUCAAACAGUUCUUCAGAGACCUGCCUGAACCACUCCUCACCAGUAAACUCGGGGAGACCUUUCUCCACAUUUAUCAGUAUGUGCCAAAGGAGCAGAGACUGCAGGCUGUCAGGGCGGCCAUCUUGUUGAUGCCAGAUGAAAACAGAGAGGUGUUGCAGACAUUGCUGUUCUUCCUCCGGGACGUGACUUCGAUGGUGGAGGAGAACCAGAUGACUCCAAUGAACUUAGCUGUUUGUUUGGGACCAUCGCUUUUUCACCUGAGUUUACUCAAGAAUGAAUCUCUAUCACCAAGAUCUAUCCAGAGGAAGUACACAACGGGGCGUCCAGAUCAGAAAGAUUUAAAUGAGAACUUGGCUGCUACCCAGGGGCUAUCACAUAUGAUCGCUGAGUGCUACCGCCUUUUUCAGAUUCCAGAGGAGAUGGUGACACAGUCCAGGAACUCGUACAUGGAGGCAGAGCUGCUGGCGCCGCCUCUGGACGAGCUCGGUAAAGUCCAUGAUGAGGAGGUGGAUGAGGAGAAUGAAGAGGAAGACGAGGAAGCGUCCUAUCACACACACAUUGAAAACCUGAUCCAGAAUCUUCUGAAAGAGGCCAAAGACAAGAGCAAAGGCUGGGUGUCCCGGCCCACAAUUGACUACACUGAGCUGGCCUUCAAAAAGGUGGGAGAUGGUAACCCUCUCCGGCGCUGGAGGAUCAGUCUGGAGGUGUCAGCAGCUCCCUGUGAGGUGCUGCAGCGGUUGUUGAAAGAGCGCUCCUUGUGGCAGACCGACCUAACGCAGGAGAAGGUCCUGGAAACUCUGGAUAAACAGACAGAUGUGUAUCAAUACUCCUGCCGCAACAUGGCACCUCAGUCUAGCUCCGACUAUGUGGUACUAAGGUCUUGGCGCACAGACCUGCACAGAGGCUCCUGCGCUCUGGUGUAUGUCUCAGUGGACCAUGAGGACAGCCCUCGGACUGGAGCUUUGAAGGGGGUGGUCCUGGAGUCCCAGUACCUUCUGGAGCUCAGCGGGACGGGGCGCACCAGACUCACCCACAUCUGCAGAGUGGAUCUCAGGGGAAGAUCUCCAGAAUGGUACAAUAAAGCUUUUGGUCACCUCUUGGUAAAUGAAGCCCAGAGGAUCAGAUCCUCCUUCCAGACCACGGAUCCAGCCCAGAGUCCUGAAGCCAAACUCUGACCUAGAAAUCAAACUUUUUCUCGGGGGGACACUGUCACAUCAGCGGGACACACAGACAGACAGAUGUGAGACUACAUUUCCCAAGGUGGACAGUGACCCGGAGACCAACCAUUUUGCUGCUGAACCAAUCUGAGCUUCACUGCACCACAUUGUACUGAACUACAGUCAUUUACAAUCACAAAAAAAUACUGAUAAAAUGGCUUUAGUGAGCUAUACAAACAUACAAUCAUUUUUAUU